AUGGCUUCCCGGCCUGAAUCAAUCUCUGGUGGUUGUCUUUGCGGCUCCAUUCGAUACAAAGUGGUGUUUCCAGAGACCGCGGCGUGGCCAGCCAAUGCAGCCACUUGUCAAUGUACAAUGUGCCGCAAAUGGACUGGAGCAUUGGUCUCGCACGAUAUUCUUAUUCACCCGUCGCAAUUUGUCGACGACAUUACCAAGUGCCCAACCUACAAAGAAUACCAAUCGAGCAAAACAGCUAUGCGGUCCUUUUGUUCCCAAUGCGGCAGUGGCCUUACCUGGCGAAUUAUCGGCAUGAAUGACAUGCUAGUCGUUAUGACCGGCACUCUUGAUGAAGAAAUACUUAUUGGCAAGAAAAUCGAGGGAAGCGAGCAACGCACCGAACUUGGUGUCAAGUUUGAUCGGGAGGGCGGACUUCACAAGGAGCUCUGCACGCCGAACAUGGGUCAUCUGUUCUGGAACAACAUGAUUCCUGGUAUUACUGACCACGACGUUGGGGGGACCAGAUUCUGGCAAUCGUUUCCGCAAGAAUGA